AACAGCUUAUACAAUGGCGUUGUCAAGAUAAACAUUCGCUUUUUUCAUCACAUAUAUUUUCAAUACAGUCGCAAAAUCAUUCUGAAAAUGGUUAAAAUAACCGAACAGUUGAUUCGAAAAAAGUCCGAACAUAAUGAGUUGAUAAUCAGUACACUUGAAGAGCUGUCGUUGCACCAAGAAGACAUUGAAAAAAUUGAACAUAUUCAAAACUGGUGCCGUGACCUAAAGAUUCUCUUGUUGCAAAGCAAUUUGAUUUCAAAAAUUGAGAAUCUUCAUAAAUUGAAGAAGUUGGAAUAUUUAAAUUUAUCAUUGAAUAACAUUGAGAUUAUCGAAAAUUUAGAGCAACUUGAAUCGUUGAAAAAAUUGGAUUUCACCUUGAAUUUCAUUGGCUACUUACAAAGUGUCGAGAAUUUGCGUGACAAUUAUAAUUUGCGUGAAUUGAUUUUGACGGGGAAUUAUUGUGCCAAUUACGUUGGCUAUCGAAACUUUGUCAUCGCUACAUUGCCACAAUUACAUAGUUUGGAUGGCAUCGAGAUCAAGAGAAGCGAUCGAAUUAUAGCUAACAGAGAAUAUAAACAAUGCCGUCGCAAUAUCAUUCAACAACAAAUCGAACAACAAAUGAAACGUGACGAACAAAAAAUUCGCAUCGCACGUGAACAACAAGAGACGGCCAAUGAGAAUGCUGAAUUGACGGAUGACGAAAUAAAUGACAAGUUUUGGAAGAAAAACAGUGAACAUUGCCCUGAGACCCGUGUCGACAUUGCCAACCAACACCGUAAAAACCAAAACAAUGAUGUUGAAGUAAAAAAGGAGAAACCAAAGCGAAGAUUAUUUGCUGAAUGUGGACGACCGUACAGCCUGAACGAACCAAAACUAGAAUUUCGGAUUGAAGAUUUCGACGAUCGCAUUGAACUGGAUUUACAUGUUUACAAAUAUUUGGAUACAUCCGCAAUUGAUGUUGACGUCGAACCAAAUUACAUUCGCGUAACGGUGAAAGGAAAAAUAUUUCAAAUGGCAUUGAAUGAAGAGAUUCGCACCAGUGACGCUACGUCGAAACGUUCUCAAGCUACCGGUCACUUGUUAAUCACAAUGCCGAAAUUAUCCUUUGAUUCGACAAACCUUAAAAUGGCAGAAAAUGAUGCAAAGACAAAAAUUGAAGCGCACAAGAAAGCUGACGGCAGAAAAUCAACGGUUGUUGAUUAUAGAAACAUUGUGAGUAUUCAGGAUGAAAAAAUUGAUGAAUCGGAAGUGCCUCCACUGAUAUGAUUAAAUUAUCAAUUAUCGGCCACCAACAAUCUACAAUACUAAAUGCAAAAAAAUCUCACUUCAGAGUUCGGUUUUUUUUCUCUUUAUUUUCAAAAGACUCAGUUUAUAGCUAAUAUAAUGGCAGAAAAGUAAAAACAAAGAAAAACAAAUGUUUACAUACUAUAGUGUUGACAUGACAUGUGAAAAUAUCGUUCCAGUUGCAUUAUAUCUUUCUUUUUCG